CUUACCUUUUCUUUUCUCCCCUCCCUCCCUUCUUUUUCUUGCCUCUCCCCUCCUCUCCUUUUUAUGUUUUUUUUCCCAUUUUUUCUUCCGUGGAUUCCCAUGGCCACCACAGUGAAGUCUCGGCCGCCGCCACCGCCACCGCCGCCGCCGCCGCAUGCCCUCCCCGCCGUGACCACCCGCCGCCGCGGCUCCUCCUCCUCUUCGCCGGCGGCGGCGAAGGCUUCGGUGUUCUUGUCCGCUCCUCGGGAGUUGCUGCUUGUUCUUUGCAGCCUCUUGGUGGUUGCUGUGCUGUUCGUCUCGUCGUCGGCGGCGGCGGCGGCGGAGGAUGGUGCGGAGGGGAGUGAUGGCGACCUCGGCGGCUGCCUCGGUUUCCGGGAUGGCUGCGCGGACCGGAGCGCCCUGUGCUUCUCGCCCUCGGCAGUUGAGUCCAUGCUUGCAAGCGAGGAUGAUGGAGUCAAGGAGAUGGAUUUGGUGGUGUCGAGAGACUGGGGACCACCACCACCACCGUCGUUGGGCUUCCGGUUGCCCGGCCACCGCGGCGUGGUGACGUGCUCGUCGGCGGCGGACGCGCUGAUCACCUCCCGGAAUGGGGUGGGACGGGAGGAUGGUGGUGAGAGGUGGUAUAAUGUGGCGUCGUGCCAGGCGCCCCUUGUGCCUGACAAUUGGAUGCGGGCGAUGGCCGGCGCGACGCCGGAGCUGGAUGCCGCGGAUGCCAGCACCGAUGGCAUUUUCGGUUCGUCGUCGUUGGAUGUUGAGAUUAGCCCGCCGGUGUUGGAUUGGGGGAAGAGUAGCUUGUAUGUGGCUUCCAUGGCCACCCUGACCGUGGUGAAUUUGAACAAUGACAGUGCCUUGCGCGUGUACGAGCCGUUCAGUACCGACCCGCAGUUUUAUGUGUAUGGUUAUGAUGAUCUGGUGCUGCAGCCUAGAGAGAAUGCAUCAGUCACCUUCAUAUUCUUGCCGAAGUUGCUAGGCUCUUCAUCGGCGCAUUUGGUUUUGCAGACGAAUUUCGGUGGGUUCAUUAUACAGGCUAAGGGCAUGGCUGUCAGAUCACCUUAUCAGUUGGAGCCACUAGCUGGGAUGGAUGUCAUAACAGGUGGACGGCUGGAGAGGAACUUGUCGAUAUUCAACCCUUUUGAUGAUUCUCUCUAUGUCGAGGAAGUGGCUGUUUGGAUGUCUUCAUUCCAGGGCACAAAACAAUCUUCUCAUAUAGUUUGUCAGUUAGGCCCUUUUGACGAGUCGUUGGAGUUUACUUCUUUGAGUAGCAACUGGUAUACAGCAAGUAGUACUGAAUUUGGAUUGCCGAUGAUCCAUAUCAGGCCUAGUGAGCAAUGGGAGGUGCUUCCUACACAAAGCAGCACUGUUGUAGAGUUAAAACUGCAACCUCUUUCAGAAGGAAUGGUGUUCGGUGCUAUCUGCAUGAAAUUACGCAAUUGCACAUCUGAUAGAGUAGACACUGUUGUUAUACCUAUGGAGUUAGAGGUGCGUGCACGUACCUACCAUGAACCCACUAACUUAGUUUCGGUCACAUUUGAGCGUGUAUCAUCUUGUGCUGGAGUUGGGUCAAUUAUUUCCCUUUCUUUAAGGAAUGAGGGAACAAAGUUACUGAGGAUUGUAAGGGUAACUGAGGAUAACAGGGAUGGAUCAAAUAAUUUUGAGGUUAAGUACCUGAAUGGACUGAUACUCUUUCCUGAUACUGUAACAGAUAUAGCGCUGAUAAAAUAUACUUCAGUUCCAACGGAUAACUCAUUUGACAACUGCAAUAUAGUGGUAGAAACGAACAGUUCUGUUGGUAGUUCAAUCCUGAUACCCUGCCGAGAUGUGAUAUCUGCAACUCUUUCUUAUACGGCUAGCGCUGUUACUGAAUCUGAUGGGCCAUUUUCUGAAGAUGAGUUAUCUGCUAACUCAAGGACAGGAUCUUUGGGCAGCAUUGUAGAAGUAAAAGGCCUGCAACACAUGAAGCCAACAAUUACAAGGGCAUAUAAAGCUGAUGAUACAGUACUUAGAAGAUGGAGAUCUCAUGGUACAAGAACUGGGAUUUCUGUUCUCACAGAUCAAAAAAUGCUGUUUCCUAUUGUCCAAGUUGGAUCACAGUUUUCUAAAUGGAUAACCGUCCAUAACCCAAGCCUAGAGCAUGCAUCCAUGCAACUGGUUCUGAAUUCUGAGGAAAUUAUUGGUCAGUGCAAAACUAUAAAUGAUGCAUGUGAACAUACAUUCUCGAGCAGGUCCCCUGAAGUUGACUCAACAGAGACUAGAUUUGGCUUCUCAUUAAGUGAUGCAGCAAUCACUGAGGCCAUUGUUGGUCCUUUGGAGAGUGCUUUACUUGGUCCUAUCAUCUUCCGUCCAUCAAAUCAGUGCAUGUGGUCAAGCAUGGUGUUGAUCAGAAGCAAUAUUUCAGGCAUGGAGUGGCUGCCUCUUCAAGCACAUGGCGGACGGCAAUCUAUUGUCCUUCUGGAGGAAUCUGAACCUGUUUGGAAGCUAGAGUUUAACCUCAUUUCCGAUAUUCAGAAUAAGUCAGCAUUGUCUAAAUCAGAGUUCACCAGCCCUUUGUGCGGUCAACAUUUGUCGAAAGAAAUACAUGUCAAAAAUAGCGGUGACCUUCCUCUUCAAGUGACAAAGGUUAAAAUCUCUGGAGCUGAUUGUGCUGUGGAUGGAUUUUCAGUAGAUAACUGCAAGGGAUUUAGCUUAGCGCCAAGUGAAUCAAUAAGAAUGCUUGUUUCUUUUAAAGCUGACUUCUCUUCAGCUAUGGUUCAGAGAGAUCUUGAAUUGGCUAUGACUACCGGGAUUUUCAUAAUCCCUAUGACUGCAAACAUUCCUGUUUGUAUGCUUGACCAGUGCAGAAAGUCGUACCUCAGAUCCAUCCAUUGGAAAACAUUGAUAUUCCUUUUUGGAACUGUAUCCGUGUUUGUUCUGGUGUUCGCGAGAGGUGUCCCAACUUCUUUGUCAGGGGGCUCUCAAGAUUGCUAUAUCAAGAUUCAUGAUGGGAAAGGUACCAUCGACAAGCCUGUUAAGCCCUCUUUCCUUCAGUGUAGCAGCAAAACUUCCAGGUCAACAAGGGAGCACAAAAGAGACAAAGAAACUCAUAAAUACCCUGCGGAUAUUCAUAAUAGCCCCAAGAGGACAGAAGACAAGAACAAUGCAGAUGAACAACUGAAUACAACUUCAACUAUGUCUCUGCCCCCUAGUAAUACUGUGGAAGACAAGGUAUCAAUUGAAGCUCCAGAAACUAGUGGAAAUCUAACCAUCAGAGUUGCUAGAGACAAAGGGAAGAGAAGAAAGAGGAAAGUCGGUGGCGCAGGACUCGCAGCAAAGUUUGAGGUUUCUAGCAGCCACAGUGGGAAUUCGACACCGUCUUCGCCAUUGUCACCUAGUUCAACCCCAAAACAAAGCUGGUCUUUCUCUGGCACACCAUCAGAACUGAAGCACAGCAGUAAACUUGAGAAUGGAUCUGACAUUGAGGCAAGGCCACCAUCUGCUAGGAAUAACCAUGAGAAGAGUUCUUGGUUGCAAACUGCUAAAGAGCAACCUGCUCCACCACCUUCAGUAACAUCAGGAAAUCCAUCGCCGUCGCCAUCGCCUUCACCUACUGCACCAACCAAUGCAUGGCGCUCGCCAUUGUUGUCCUCGCCUUCCCCGAUCGCGCCUCGUUCUCGCGCUCCUGGAUCCAACCUGAUGAAAGAUAAGGCUGUGAAGAGAACCGAGGGCGCCGCGACGACGACAACAACGAGGAAGAAAGACUUCACAUAUGACAUCUGGGGGGACCAUUUCUCCGGCCAUCUGCUGGGGAAGGCAAGGGAGGUGGCGCCGCCAUGCUACAAGAUGUUUGCUGCUUCUGAAGGCGCCUCCAAUAGCUUCUUCGCGAGGGAGCCCCAGGCCCUGGUGACGAAGCCGCCAUCUCCAUCUCCAUCUUCAUCUUCAUCUUCUUCGCCUCCGGUGACCCGCGGUCGCGGGUCGCUGCCGUCCGAUGUAGCAUCUGGUUAUGGAAUAAAUUAAGAAGUUUGAAACA